AUGACAGUUGAGGAAGACCCCGACAUGUACAUCACACCUGACCCUGAACCAGACCCUGAACCAGACCUUGAUCCAGAUCUGGGAAAGUCGGGACAGACAGGAAUCUAUAGAUCAGACGAGGCGGAGUCGACUUUUAGACGCGGCCUCAUCCACGAACAGGAACUAGGGGGUGUCGGCAAAGUGGUAAAGCCACUAAACCAAGUGUCUGAGAAACCAGAGGACAACUCUCAGACAGAAACUGUUGUAGACGAGGCCGUUGAUGGUGAUGAGGAAGAUGACCAGGCUGAAGACGACGACGACGGCGUCCCCAUUGACCGCGGCUGGGCGUGGAUGACCGUGCUGGGUACGUACGACUACAAGAAGAGUGUGAAGCCACAUCGCGACAUGAAAUGGGGCGAUGUGACAUUACAAACUGACGGUGAUGGCAAAGAAUUCCUGAUGUUUACUGAGAGGCAAUCCAAGACCUGUCAGGGGGAUAAUCCUCAAACCAUGCGUGAUGUGCAACCGAAACUUUCUAAACACGUACAUGUAUGCCUUUUUGUAGCGUUUUUCUUCAACCUCUUUAUAAUGGUGGGUUACAUGAAGGCGCUGGGGGUGUUGUUCGUCGAGUUCCUCGAAAUCUACCGAGCAUCGGUUACCAUGACAACGCUGCUGAUGGGCACCAUGUCGGCUACAUACAGUAUAGCGUCUUUCUUCACAAUGCAGGUGGUUCUAGUACAAUUGGACACACGGAAAACUAUCAUUCUUGGCGGGAUUAUGUCGUCAGCAGGAAUAACCCUGUCCUACUUUGCGGACAGUGUGGUGUUCCUCAUCUGCAUGCAGGGAGUUGUUCUAGGCAUUGGACAGGCACUGAUCAACGGUCCGGGUAUAAUUCUCAUUAGCGAGUACUUCAAAAAACGUCGAGGUAUUGCGACAUCUAUUGCUAUCUGUGGUAUCAGUUUCGGCAGUGCUUUCCCGCCAUUUGUGAAUUACCUCCUCGAAGAGUUCACCCUCAGGGACACGUUCCUGAUUCUCGGAGCCAUACACCUCAACAUCAUAGUGGGCGGCAUGCUUUCACGCCCUGUCAGCUUCUACAAGAAAUCGCACGCAAGGAAAAAACUUCUUCUGGAAGACAUAAUGGCAGAUUCUUUACACGCAAAGAAAAGACUUCUGUCAGGAGACAAAACUGAAGAAACGUUCAAACAUGUUUCCAAAACGGAAAGAAAACAUUUGAAAGCAAUAAAUGCCACGGAAAACUAUUCUAAUAAUUGCUCGUGUCUUGUAGCGAAAUCGCUUGACCAUCUCCCAAUUGACAAAUCAUUACAGACUCUAGAAGCUUGCAGGAAGAGGACAUUUUCAGACAGUAUGACGUAUAGGCCAAGAACGUGUAAGAAUCAGGAUACACUUACCAGGCCGACUCUGCUGUUUCUUUCCAGUGAUCUGGAGAUUGGGCCUGUGUCUCUUGUGGAUCUAGCGAGCCGUGAGCUGGCUGGAAGUAGCAAACUCAAUAUUGCUUUAACUGUGAACUGUCAACAUGAUAGCGCUAUAAAUCCAUGUAUUAACUUAAUUAAAGGAGAACAUGAUAGCGCUACAAAUUCAGGUAUUGGCUUAAUGAACACAGAACACAAUAGCGGUACAAACUCCGGUAUUAGGUUAACGAGCAGUGAAUAUGAUGAUUGUACAAAUCCAGGUAUUAGCUUGAUGAAUGAACACCCUGAUCCCAUCAUACAAGACAAAUCCAAUCAUAUUAUCACAGAACCUCGGACUGGUUCGUCCAUGUUCCACAGGAUACUGCAGCUUGUGAAGAAACCGUUCACUUCUCUCGAUUUCAGUGUGUUCAAGAAUCCAUUAUUUUCCAUGUUCGCUUGCGCUGCUAUUUUUAAUAUUCAAACACAAUCACAAUUAACAUAUGUACCAGCCCUUGCGAUAGAACACGGGAUUUCACAAUCGAACGCUGCACUGUUACUGACAAUCUCAGGAGCAAUGGAUCUUUUGAGCAAACUGGCUUUCGGGUGGUUUGCAGAUCUUGGCGUGAUCCGUAAGCACCACCUCCAGAUGAUGGGUCUCUGCAUCAACGCCACCUCCUCCCUGUUCGUGUCUCUGUACUCCUCCUUCCCUCUCAUGGUGGGUUACACCGUGAUCCAGGGAAUCUUCAGCGGGGUCUACAGGUCGCUGUAUGUACAUGUGCUCAUCGACUUCGUGGGAACUGAGAACAUGGGAAAAGCGUUUGGAAUCAUUCAACUGAUACAUGGAUUGAUGGUCGCUGUUGCCCAUCCUGUUAUAGGUAGUUUGCGGGACUUCACGGGUUCGUACUCUGCCAGUUUUCAGUACACCGCUGCGUGUGGGUUUGUCGGCUCCAGUAUACUACUGUUGGAGAGGUGGGCCAGAAGGAAGAAGAAUCAGAUCAGAAACACGUCUAGCAAGAGUUGAUUUAGUGUGAAAUAAAAUACUGUUACUUCUGUCAUGGCAACGAUAGCAUCAAUGUCAGGGUCACUUUUCAGGGGAUGGGAUGCUAAAA